GGAGGGGGAGAGGUAGAGAGAGAGGGGGAGGAGGGGGAGAGAAGCGGUGGUGGAAGCCCGAGCGGCGCGAGGUUCCGAUAGAGAAGGCGGCGGCGGAGUCUGCGGCGGAGCGGGAGCGGGUCAGGAAGGCGGGAGAGGGAGGGAGAGGCCGCAGUCACAGCCCAGGAGGAUGGACAUCAAGACGGCGGUGUUCAACGCGGCCCGAGACGGCAAAGUGCGGCUGCUGCAGAAGCUGCUGUCCACCAAGACCCCGGAGGAGGUGUCGGCGCUGGCGGCCGAGAAGUCGAACGGGGCCACGGCGCUGCUGAUGGCCGCCCGGUACGGCCACCUGGAGGUGGUGGUGUACCUGCUGGAGCGGUGCGGCGCGGCCGUGGAGCUGGGCGGCUCGGUCAACUUCGACGGGGAGACGAUCGAGGGCGCCCCGCCGCUGUGGGCGGCCUCGGCGGCGGGACACCUGGCGGUGGUCAGGUCGCUGCUGGAGCGCGGGGCCUCGGUCAACAACACGACCCUCACCAACUCCACCCCGCUCAGGGCCGCCUGCUUCGACGGCCACUUGGACAUCGUCAAGUACCUGAUCGAGCACCGGGCCGACAUGGAGGUGGCCAACAGGCACGGCCACACCUGCCUCAUGAUCUCCUGCUACAAGGGCCACAGGGACAUCGCCAAGUACCUGCUGGAGAAAGGAGCCGAUGUCAACAGGAAAAGUGUCAAAGGAAACACAGCUUUGCACGACUGUGCUGAGUCCGGGAGCUUGGAGAUCAUGAAGAUGCUGCUUAAAUACGGAGCGAGGAUGGAGAAAGAUGGGUACGGAAUGACCCCAUUGCUCUCAGCCAGUGUGACCGGUCACACCAACAUUGUGGACUUUCUAACCCAGCAUCCACAAACCAGCAAGGUCGAGAGAAUCAAUGCCCUGGAGCUCCUGGGAGCCACCUUUGUUGACAAGAAGAGAGAUUUGCUGGGAGCUAUGAAGUACUGGAAGAGAGCUAUGGACAUGCGAUACAGCGAUAUUGCUAGAGUCCUUGGGAAACCUGAGCCCAAGGAGUUAGUGAUGGCUUAUGAUUAUACCAAAGAAGUAACGACUGUGGAGGAACUGGAAGCCUUGAUUGCUGAUCCAGAUGAGAUGAGGAUGCAGGCUUUAUUGAUCAGAGAGAGAAUACUGGGCCCCUCUCACCCAGAUACCUCUUAUUACAUCAGGUACAGAGGUGCAGUCUAUGCCGAUUCUGGCAACUUUGAAAGGUGCAUCAAUCUGUGGAAGUAUGCGUUGGAUAUGCAGCAGAGCAACCUGGACCCAUUGAGCCCCAUGACCGCCAGUAGCUUGCUGUCUUUCGCUGAACUUUUUUCUUUUAUGCUACAAGACCGAACGAAAGGUGUCUUGGGAACGUCCGUGUCUUUCUCUGACUUGAUGGGGAUACUGAGCAAAAGCGUCUUUGAGAUAGACCGGGCCAUUAAACAGAUACAGUCUCCCCCAGAUCCUACGCAGCUAAGCAAAGCCCUGUCCAUCAUCUUGCAUUUAAUUUGCUUGCUGGAGAAAGUGAAAUGCAGCUCUGAGCAGGAGCAGUUCAAGAGGCAAACCAUCUACAGGUUUCUGAAGCUAAACUCCAGAGGGAAAGCUGGGUUUUCUCCACUUCACCUCGCAGUCGAUAAAGACACCACCUCUGUCGGUCGCUAUCCAGUUUGUAAAUUCCCAUCUCUGCAAGUCACAGCAAUGUUGUUGGAGUGCGGAGCAGACUUCAACUCAAGAGACUUGGACAGCAACAGUCCUUUGCACAUUGCUGCACGCAACAACCACCCUGAGAUCAUGAAUCUUCUGAUUAAGGCAGGAGCACACUUUGACACCACAAACUCCCAAAAGCAGACAGCCUGCGACUUACUCGAUGAGAAGGAAAUGGGGAAAAACUUAAUUCAACCUAUCAACCAUACAACUUUACAGUGUCUUGCUGCCCGUGCCAUAGUCAAACACCAAUUGGUUUACAGAGGACAGAUCCCAGAAAAAUUGGAGGCAUUCAUUUUGCUGCACAGAUGAUUGAUUGCUUCAUAAGCUCUCUUUUUGUAAAUAUGGGAAGAAAUUGUUCAAGUACUUAAGUUUUCAUCUUGCGCUAAGGGAUGUUGAAUGGAUUCAGCAGCUUUUAGUGAAUGAUGACAGCUGCAUGCUUUGUUUUGCCUUGUGGCCAACCACGCACCACAGUUCAUGCACAGCAGUAAUGCAUGUAUGUGUAUAUAUAAAUAUAUUGUAACUUUCAUCAGUAUUUUAAUGGUGUCUGGUGCUGUAUGCCACAAGUUUGCUUUUGGGUAAAUUGGGCACGGUUCAGCCUGUAAUGCCUUUUGAGCUCUAGAAAAAUUUCUGCCAAAUGUGAUUUUCGUUCUAACCAUAUUUUACUAUUUACAAAGUAUCAGGGUAUCUGAAGCUGACUUUUCAAUUCCUUUUUGUGCUGGUUAGUGUAGAUGCAAUUUUCACAAUUUUUAAGAAAAACUUAUCUGUUUUGCCUCUGUUCACAACUGUGAGCCAUUUAAUUAAUCCUUGCAAGCUGUUUAAACUAGCUUUAACAUCAGCAAUACCUGAAGUGCUUUUAAGUUUCCAGUGCACUGGCUUGGACGAAUGACUGUUCUGUGUCGGAACAUUUCUCUGCAGAUACUGCAUCCUGAAUGGGACAUUGGGUAUCUUUUCCAUGCGAUACUUUUCCUUUUUGAAGCGCUCAUUCAUCAAAAACGUCAUAGGUAUUUUUAAAUUGGCAAAAGAUGUAUUCUGACCUCUUGCAACUGAUGGAAAGCACCUGUGGGCUUUUUUUGUACAAAUUUAAAAAUAGGGCUUUACCCUCAAGGUUGCUGCAUUGUGUCCUUUAAUGUCUUGUUAGUGAAUGAAUGGGGGGAAUGAGCUACCUUUUGAUCCGUGAGCAAAUGCAUCUUUAAAAUGGAGACUUUGAGAAGUUUGCUUUUAAUGCCUUUUGUAGAGUAAACUGAGGUGUGGUUUCUUUGGUUUGAAGUGACCUCCUGCCUUUGAGGUGUUUAAAAUCAAUCGUUAUGGAGAUUACAUCAAAGUACCUUGAUAAACAGUGCAUAAGAACCGUACUACUGUUGUAACACAGAGGCUGACCUGAUUGAGAGAGGAGUUGGAUUCAGGUAAUUACUGUAAUUCUGCACUUUAUUGAUAAGUUAUGGCACGUGGGCCAUGUAAUGUCUUAAUUGAAGUGUUCACAAUAAAAUGCAAGAAAGUUUCACUCGCCUUUGCCAGUGUCAAAUUUGCUGUGUUGCCAAUUGUUGUUCAUGGAGUGGAUAUUUCCAGCCUGUAAAGGAAUUGCUGCUUUUAAAUGUACUUUAUACAACAUGUGGUGUGUGUAACCCAUAGAAUAAAAGUUAUUCUAUGACUGUAGAACAACUUCCAUGAAA